UUAAAUCAAACAAUCUAUGAGAGAGAGAGAAGAGACGCAAACUGAACCAUGGAAGAAAACAGAAAAGUGAAAACAGGGGAAGAAGAAGAAGAAGAAGUGUGGAGUUGGGGAGCAGGAACAGAAGGUCAACUGGGAACAGGAAGGCUUCAAGAUGAAUACCUCCCUCAACUACUUCCUCGUUCUUUUUCCUCCAUCGGCCCAAUCUCUCUCCUCUCCUGUGGCGGCGCCCACGUCGUUGCUCUAAUCUCCGGUGGAAAAGUGAUGACAUGGGGAAGGGGUAGCUCAGGUGAGUUAGGUCAUGGAGAAUUGGCUCAAAGCCUUCAGCCAAAGUCUGUGGAAGCAUUGUCAAGCUCCAUCAUCACUCACGUAUCUGCUGGAUGGAACCAUUCUGCAUUCGUUUCAGACACUGGAUCCCUUUUCACAUGUGGAGAUGGGUCAUUUGGUCAGCUUGGACAUGGUGAUUACAAGUCAUGUAGCUAUCCUACUCAAGUCUCCUUCCUAGCCUCAAAGCAUGUUCAUCAGGUAGCUUGUGGCAUGCGCCAUUCUCUGGUCUUGCUUAAAGGUCAAGUUUAUGGGUUUGGGUCUGGUAAACGUGGUCAAUUGGGUAUCUCAAAGGACAAGGUUCGAUUUGUAAACCUACCUCAACCUACUAUUGGAUUGGAAGAUGUUGAAAUCGUUAAUGUUCAAGCAAAUGGAGAUCAUAGUGCUGCGUUGUCUAAUGAUGGCCAUUUCUACACGUGGGGGAGAAGCUUCGUUAAAGGUGAUUCUGAUUCCUACAUUCCCCAAUGUUUGAGGACAACAGCACCAUUAAUGUCAUUUACAGAGGCAGCACUUGGAUGGAAUCAUGCUUUGCUUCUAUCAGGUGACGGUAGUUUGUAUAGUCUUGGAGAGUACCUCGGUCAAGGAAUGAUGCCCAUGAAGGAUUCACCCGAGUAUUCAAACAAUACAUUCACAGUUAAAGAUGUUGAUCUUAAUGGGACAAAGGUUCUGCAUGUUGCAGCAGGAGCUGAACACUCGGCUUUGGUGACAGAGUUUGGAGCAGUUAUGACAUGGGGAUGGGGUGAACAUGGCCAGCUUGGUUUUGGGAGCACUGACGAUCAAGCAAGUCCGAAGAUGAUUAUUCUUCCUUGUACAUUUUCUGAUACAGUUGCGAAAUCUCGAGUAUACUGUGGAAGCGGGUUCACAUUUUUUAUUCGCGGAAAAUUGCCUUUAAAUUCUUGAAUGUGUGACUAAUUUUUGUUAUAUUAUUUCUAUUGUCAGUCUCUUGUAACACCAAACAAAUGAUAAAUUUAUUUUAUGUAUAAAUUGAAGAGACGAUCAUUUUCUGUA